GAGAGAGAGAGGAGAGAGGAAGACAAAGAGUGAGUGAUACUUCAGCGGAAGAAAGAAGUAAAAUGCAGAAAUAGUGAUAGAGAGAGAGAGAGAGCUAGAGACUGAGAGGCGGAGUGUGAAAGGAUAUACAUGAAACUGAGACCAAUGGAUCAACAACAUUGAUGGUGAAGAAGAAUGUUUUACUUUAAUAGUAACGAUUUUACAGAGGAGAAUUACUGAAAAACACAAACUUUAUGAUAGAGUCAACAUUUUUGACUAGAGAUGGCUAGAUUGGAAUGCAAAACUGAGGAAUACCUUCAUGAUGCUUCUGGGGUGGAAAGGUGCUGUGAGCGUUGUCAUAAAGGUGAGUGACUAAUGGUGUGUUUCUGUUGUUCAGAUGGCUGUUGGAGCAAGAUGUCUGAAAGACCAGUGUUAUACAUGUGCCACAUAUACACAUUAUAUUAUGUGUAUUAACUGUAAAUUGCUUUGUCUGCAACAUGACCAUAUUAUCAAAUGAUGAACUGCAGUAUAGAGGGAAAAACAUCAGCCCCUUUAUCUCCACAACACUACAUGAACACAAGUGGAGGCUGCUGAGGGGAGGACGGCUCAUAAUAAUGGCUGGAACGGUGCGAAUGGAAUGGAAACCAUGUAUUUGAUACCAUUCCACUCAUUCUGCUCGAGCCAUUACCACGAGCCCGUCCUCCCCAAUUAAGAUGCCACCAACCUCCUGUGAUGAACACAUUACUAUGGACAGUAUAAUACUGUGGCCUAUAUAUGGGUGUAUGGAUGAUCACAUUUCUCUGUCAUUCUCUCAUUCCUAACCCUACUCCAGGACAGUAUGUUCGCACCGACUGUGGCAAGUCUACAAAAACAGAGUGUGAAACCUGUCAACAUGAAUACUACACUGCUGAAUUAAACUCCUUGAAAAAAUGUUUACCCUGUAGGGUCUGCCAUUCCAGUAAGUUCCCCCCUCCUGUCCCUUCCUCCUACUUAUUCUGACACUCAUUGUUCUCUGAGUAAAAUCAUCUUCUUAUGAAAAAUCCCAACACUGUCACUUCCUUUUUGAUCUGACUCAUUCUCUCUCUCUCUCUCUCUCUCAAUUCAAUUUCAAUUUAAGGGCGUUAUUGGCAUGGGAAACGUAUGUUAACAUUGCCAAAGCAAGUGAAGUAGAUAGUAAACAAAAGUGAAAUAAACAAUAAAUAUUAACAGUAAACAUUACACUCAGAAGUUCCAAAAGAAUAAAGACAUUUAAAAUGUCAUAUUAUGUCUAUAUACAGUGUUUUACGAUUGUGUAAAUAGUUAAAGUACAAAUGGGAAAAUAAAUCAACAUAAAUAUGGGUUGUAUUUACGAUGGUGUUUGUUCUUCACUGGUUGCCCUUUUCUUGUGGCAACAUGUCACAAAUAUUGCUGCUGUGAUGUCACACUGUGGUAUUUCACCCAGUAGAUAUGGGAGUUUAUCAAAAUUGGGUUUGUUUUCAAAUUCUUUGUGGAUCUGUGUAAUCUGAGGGAAAUAUGUGCCUCUAAUAUGGUCAUACAUUUGGCAGGAAGUUAGGAAGUGCAGCUCAGUUUCCACCUCAUUUUGUGGGCAGUGUGCACAUAGCCUGUCUUCUCUUGAGAGCCAGGUCUGCCUACGACGGCCUUUUUCAAUAGCAAGGCUAUGCUCACUGAGUCUGUACAUAGUCAAAGCUUUCUCUCUCUCUCUCUCUCUCCGCCCCCCUCGCUCUCUCAUCCCCCUUCUCUCUCUCUCUCCCCGCCCCCCCGCCCCUGCUCUCUCUCUCUCGCUCCCCCCUGCCCCCUCCUCUCUUUCUCGCUCUCUAUCCCCUCUCUCUUUUCACCUCACUUCAUCAUUUUUUGCCUUUCCCGCUCAAUACCUCAUCUCUCCCUCUACCGUCCUCUCUCCCACUCUUUCUCUCCCUUCUCUUCUCUCCAUCUCUCUCUCCCUCUCUCAGGUAAUAACCAGAGGGUAUGGAGUGAGUGUGAAGCCAGUAGGGACAGGCAAUGUGUGUGUGUGACUGGUUUCUACUGUACGGACGAUGGAUGCGAACACUGCCUACCCGUGACCCUGUGCCCUCUGGGGUCAGGGGUCGUGAAAGAAGGUGAGAACUGCCUCCUCACCUCUACACCACAGGAGGUUGGUGGCACCUUAAUUGGGGAGGACAGGCUCGUGAUAAUGGCUGUAGCGGAAUAAGUGGAAAGGUUUCCAAUACAUCAAACACAUGGUUUGAUGCCAUUCUAUUUGCUCCGUUCCAGACAUUAUUAUGAGCCGUCCCCCCCUCAGCAGCCUCCUCACCUCUACACCCUGUUCUAAUAUUACACACCAUUGCCUCUGAUGAGCUGAUCAUGAGUUGGAGAUACUAAGGCUGUCAUUGAAAAGACACCUGACAAGAAAUCAGAGUCUGUAGUCUAUUAAGAUGCACUCAGGGUAAAUGUUUAAACCACUGUGGGUCUUUGGCAGUACAAAACAUCUUAUUACUCUGUGCUUGUAUAAUCUGCCGGGUGUGUGUACUUUACUUUGAGCAGCUGACAUGUCUGACAUCUGUUCCUAAACCCCCCAGCCACCCCCCACAAUGACACAGUCUGUGCCCCGUGCCUACCUGGGACCUACAACAACAUCUCCGAUGCCAUCACACGCUGCCAAACACACACCAGGUCAGAACCCUUCACACAAAGUGGCUCUGAUUUUUAUUAAACGUCAACUCAGUAGGUGCAUUUGUUUGACACAAAACGUUUGACAUUUUUAUAAAGUUGUGGGACUGUGGGGUUAAACUCCUUUCUCUGUUUCACAAUCACUUUCUUUCCCCUCUCUCUCGCUCUCUCUCUCAGGUGUGGGGACCUAGGGAGGGAGGUGAAAAGUGCUGGGACUGAGACGACCGAUGCUGUGUGUGAUGCCAUAUCUAUAUCUCGUAGGUCGUAUAGCAUCUCCUUUAUUGCACAGUAGGUGGAAGUAUAUAGAAAACUAGAUGGUAUACAUGGCAUUUUACCAAUAUUUCUUCCACCUCCCCUCUUUCUCUCUCAGUAAAAUUGAAUUGAUUGAAUGAUUUAUUGACAUAAGUAAUGUACAUCGAAUACUGUAAACAAGAUUAGAGCACAUUACGUUCUCCCUCAGAAAUGGUUCAGAUAUAUAUAUAGAUUGGCUGUUUGUUAGGUUGUCCCUCUCUCUCAGGGUGUCACUGGAUACUGCCUACCAGUCUGUGGGCGGGACUAGUGGUGACCUCACUCCUCAUCAUAAUCUUGAUCUGCAUCUAUUGGAGGGCCAAGCGUCAAUCUUACAUGCCAGGUGCGUAUGUCAUCACUGCCAACGCCCACACUGAAUAAGUGUGUGUUUGUGCACUCCUCAUCGUGGAUUUAAAAAUAUUGGAUUGAUGUAAGCAUUAGCUGGAGGGAGUUCCCACCAUAUUCCUUCAUAUUACAGGGACUCUCUCUUUGUACUGUAGAAACAUUUGUAGGUAUUUACUAAGACAUUACAAUGAAAAAUGGUAAUAACAUUGAAAAAUAGGGUUGUUGGUCAGGACCGAUGUAGGCGUGGCAGGGUAGACCACUUGGGCAGGCUCAGGUGAGACCCCUUGAAUGGGUACCUGGUAGGCUACCUCUUGGACAGGCGCGGGAUGGCCCCUUGUACGAGUGCAGGUUGGCCCUUGGACAGGCGCGGGAUGGCCCCUAGGUUGGGCACUGGGUAGGCCGCCCCUUGACGGGCGCAGGUUGGCCCCUCGGGCGGUCGCAAGAUGACACCUUGGAUUGGUGCAGGUUGGCCCCUCGGGCGGUCGCAAGAUGGCACCUUGGAUUGGCACAGGUUGGCCCCUCGGACGGGCGCGGGGUCAUGUUGAAAACCUGUGACAUGGAUUAGCCAAGGCCCAGGGCGUCAGGAAAGCCAAGGCCCAGGGUGUCAGGAAAGCCAAGGCCCAGGGCGUCAGGAAAGCCAAGGCCCAGGGCGUCAGGAAAGCCAAGGCCCAGGGCGUCAGGAAAGCCAAGGCCCAGGGCGUCAGGAAAGCCAAGGCCCAGGGCGUCAGGAAAGUUGGACACUUUACAGCACAGCAGGGUGUGGCUCCAAGGUGGGAGCGGAAGGAGAUGCCAUGGCAACAGCGUCGCUGAGGCUCCAUUUGGGAAGCGUUUGACAACUCCAAGGCAACUGCCAGCUGAUGCUUUGUGUCCAGUGCAGUUGGGAGUUAGGCGAGAGUCUUGGCUGGUCCACAGUGGUGACAUUACAGGUUCAGUAGAUAUAUGGGUAGCCCGGGGAAGGGGUGGUGUUGUGUUGCCGGAGCACUGGAGCAUCGCUUCGCCAUUUCCCACAAUGGUGCUUGUUUAUGUUGGUAGCCCAAAGACAUGAUGAAUGGAGACAAAGUCAUGCUGAUAGAGCCCGGUCCUGUUGAUGGGUGACCAACCACUCCGCUACUCCCUACAGUGACCAACCACACAGUCCUUCAGGUGAGAAGGAAACACUGUCUUUGCCGUGGUGGAUGGAAAUCUGCUACGGUACACCUGGUAAACAUCAUCCAGCUUGAAGGACCAUGAAAAAUAGGCUAAGGAACCUAGGUAAUUUGUUGGAUAGAUGUCACCAGCAGUACUCGCCGAUGACAGAGACAGUGCCAAAGUUCACAUAUUUAUUGAGGACUUGUGGUUAGACAUGGUAAAGUUGGAUUUGUGUGGUUCUGCAACAAAGGAGAGACAUCAUGUGCAAGUUGCAUAACAUAAAAGGUGAUAAGGAUAAACCUAUUAAACCAAUACAUCUGAAAUAAUGAAAAUAAGGACAGGAAACAAACCUACUCUUAACUUGGACGCACACAACUGGAAAGAAACUGAGAAAUGGCUUGACAGGCUUUAAAUACAAACGAAGUGUGAAUGCGCCUAUCAGGGCAGUCCUGAUAAUUACUGACAGGUGUGUGAUUGCAUGAGCGAGUCAACAGGUGAAAUCAACUUGCUUGAGCAAGUCCAUCUCAGCUGUACACUACUCCACUCUGAGGGCUUUUGUACAUACAUAGUUAUAACCUAUUAACAACUUGUUUGUUUCUUUGGGAUUACUUUUUUUUAAAGCACCAAACUAGGCCCCAUUUGAUAGUUAGGCCUACCAAUUGUUAAGUAAAUGCUCUUUUUGUCUCUCUGUGUGAUUUCCCAGCCAGCAGAUUUCAGAUCAGGUACAGUAGAUAUUAUCUGGUGACAGACACAGAGGCAGUGAGAAUUCUUAGUGUUUCUAAUCUCUCCUACACAGUGACAAUAUGCAUCACAUUGUACAAAUAUUAGGUGUCAAGGUGCUAGACGUAAUUUGGAUUGAAUGAAAGGAAAUAAGGUCAUUGCUUUUCACCGUCAGACGUAGGAACUCGCCACUUCCUCUAGAGAUGAAUCAGAUCACAGACAAUAUGAGUUAAAGUGAAACUUGCAUGCAUUACUCAUAUGCUUGAUCAGGAGGUGAGUGCACAGCACAUCAACCAAUGUGAGUCCGAGUGCAGCUAAAUGUCACAGGAGCAUAAGAGGAGACCCUGUAGACACCACUGCGAUUGGCUUCUGGUUAUAACAUUUAUGUUUCAGCCUAAUAUCUCAAACAAACAGAUGUUUGUUGAGAAACGACUGAGCAUAAAAUGGGGAGUUGAGAGAACAUUGUAGGUACACAGAGGAUAUCUGUGAUCUCAAACUGAUAUCCUCUUUUUGAAAAAUGUUGUUUCAAUUAUAUAUAUACAGUAUUUAAUUCAAAUCAAGCUAAAUACAGGUUCCACAGAAUAAAUAACCGCAGUUAGACUACCCUGUGAAGGUAGAAAUAAAAAAACCUGCCUCCAGAUUCCAUGUAGAUCUACUCAUCAUCAGUUAUGAAACUAUAGUAGGCAUGAAGCAAGCUAUUAUAGCUUCUUGAGUGUGAGAGACAAAACCACAUCCUGUGUCGAGCUUGACACGGUUAUUGGAAAACCACAUGACACAUGUAUCACAGCCAGUUAACUCAUAGCAAGAAAGCUUUGGGUAAAGUACAGUGGCGUCACUGGUUGAAACAUUUUGUGACUGUCCUUUAUAUCAAUGCUUCACCAGUGGCGGUUGGACUUACCCACAAUAACAGAAAGUCAGAUAAGAUGCAACAAGUACAUGAAUGUUGAUAGUGCUACUCAGUGAUAUCAUGUCUGUCUGUCCUGCCUGUCUGUCUGUAGCCAACUCCAGUGGUCCUGGUAUUCCUGUAGAGCCUGCACCUCCUUCCUUCGCUCCAGCUGAGCUCAAGUUCCCCACAGAGUGCAACAGCCAUUGGAGCCUGGACCAGAAAUGUACUGAGCCACUCUUCAUCAACACAGGUGAAAGUCCCUCAGUGGUAGUUGGAAUAGUUCACCACAAUUACAAAUGUAGCUCCUCUAAUGCAUACACCACCGGUCAAAAGUUUUAGAACACCUACUCAUUCAAGGGUUUUUCUUUAUUUUUACUAUUUUCUACAUUGUAGAAUAACAGUGAAGACAUCAAAACUAUGAAAUAACACAUAUGGAAUCAUGUAGUAACCAAAAAAGUGUUAAACAUAUCAAAACAUAUUUUAUAUUUGAGAUUCUUCAAAUAGCCACCCUUUGCCUUGAUGACAGCUUUGCACACUCUUGGCAUUCUCUCAACCAGCUUCACCUGGAAUGCUUUUCCAACAGUCUUGAAGGAGUUCCCACAUAUGCUUAGCACUUGUUGGCUGCUUUUCCUUCACUCUGCGGUCCGACUCAUCCCAAACCAUCUCAAUUUGGUUGAGGUCGGGGGAUUGUGGAGGCCAGGUCAUCUGAUGGAGCACUCCAUCAGUCUCCUUCUUGGUACAAUAGCCCUUACACAGCCUGGAGGUGUGUUGGGUCAUUGUCCUGUUGAAAAACAAAUGAUAGUCCCACUAAGCCCAAACCAGAUGGGAUGGCGUAUCGCUGCAGAAUGCUGUGGUAGCCAUGCUGGUUAAGUGUGCCUUGAAUUCUAAAUCAAUCACAGACAGUGUCACCAGCAAAGCACCCCCAAACCAUAACACCUCCUCCUCCAUGCUUUAUGGUGGGAAAUACACAUGCGAAGAUCAUCCGUUCACCCACACCGUGUCUCACAAAGACACGGCGGUUGGAACAAAAAUUCUCCAAUUUGGACUCCAGACCAAAGGACAAAUUUCCACCAUUGCUCGUGUUUCUUGGCCCAAGCAAGUCUCUUAUUAUUAUUGGUGUCCUUUAGUAGUGGUUUCUUUGCAGCAAUUCGACCAUGAAGGCCUGAUUCAAAGUAUCCUCUGAACAGUUGAUGUUGAGAUGUGUCUGUUACUUGAACUCUGUGAAGCAUUUAUUUGGGCUGCAAUUUCUGAGGCUGGUAACUCUAAUGAACUUAUCCUCUGCAGCAGAGGUAACUCUGGGUCUUCCAUUCCUGUGGCGGUCCUCAUGAGAGCCAGUUUCAUCAGAGCGCUUGAUGGUUUUUGCGACUGCACUUGAAGAAACAUUCAAAGUUCUUGAAAUGUUCCGUAUUGACUGACCUUCAUGUCUUAAAGUAAUGAUGGACUGUCAUUUCUCUUUGCUUAUUUGAGCUGUUCUUGCCAUAAUAUGGACUUGGUCUUUUACCAAAUAGGGCUAUCUUCUGUAUACCCCCCCUACCUUGUCACAAUACAACUGAUUGGUUCAAACGCAUUAAGAAGGAAAGAAAUUCCACAAAUUAACUUUUAAGAAGGCACAGCUGUUAAUUUAAAUGCAUUCCAGGUGACUACCUCAUGAAGCUGGUUGAGAGAAUGCCAAGAGUGUGCAAAGCUGUCAUCAAGACAAAGGGUGGCUAUUUGAAGAAUCUCUUUUAUGAAAUAUAUUUUGAUUUGUUGAACACUUUUUUGGUUACUACAUGACUCCAUAUGUGUUAUUUCAUAGUUUUGAUAUCUUCACUAUUAUUCUACAAUGUAGAAAAUAGUAAAAAUAAAGAAAAACCCUUGAAUGAGUAGGUGUUCUAAAACCUUUGACCGGUAGUGUAUACCGCAUAGAAAGGAGGUAUUCAGUGGACCCAGAGAGUAAGUUGGGUUUGUUUACUGAGCUACAGGUUAGCAUUAGCAUCGUAGAGUACAGAACAAUAUGAGUGAUCGGACCCUGGUUAGCAUGGUUUCAGGGCUCGAUUCAAUCCGUAUCGCCAAAGUUCAGCACUAUAGCGUGAUUGAAACUUAAAGGCCAUGUUCCCCUUCGUUCACAGUGACUGCAUUCACGGUAAACACUGUAUAUGUCAGCUCAAUCGGAAAUGACCUUUAAAUUUCAAGCACGCUAUAGAGCUGAACUUCGGCAAUAUGGAUUGAAUCCAGUGCAAGGUAUCCACAAGAUGAGGUAAGUUUGAAACUUUAAAUAAUCUCCUGACAAAUCUCAUCACCAAAAACACAUACUUUCCAUGUGGAGUAGCUAUAUGUUAUAAACCUGUUCAUUCGGCUAUAUUAAACCAUAUCCAUCAUUCACCUCCCGAGUGGCGCAGUGGUCUAAGGCACUGCAUCGCAGUGCUAGCUGUGCCACUAGAGAUCCUGGUUCGAAGCCAGGCUCUGUCUUAGCCGGCCGCGACCGGGAGACCAAUGGGGCGGCGCACAAUUGGCCCAGCGUUGUCCAGGGUAGGGGAGGGAAUGUCCGGCAGGGAUGUAGCUCAGUUGGUAGAGCAUGGCGUUUGCAACGCCAGGGUUGUGGGUUCGAUUCCCACGGGUAUGUAUGAAAAUAAUGUAUGCACUAACUGUAAAUUGCUCUGGAUAAGAGAUUACUAAAAUGUAAAUGUAGUUCUGCAGCUUCCCAAUUAUCGAUAAUGUGAUGGCUCUCAUUUAGAAUGGAUCAGAUGUAAUCUAAACUGAGGCUGCCAAUAUAAUCGACCAUCAGGAUGAGUUAUUUCUCCAUUUGCAAGCGCCUAAAAUGAAAUCAUUAAAAUACAGAUUUAUUGAUACCUUGAGAUGGGGCUUGUGUAGGCUUCAUGAAGGAUAAAUACAGUACUUCUGUUUUCUUAUUACGUGACGUUGGAGGGUUAUUGUUGUGUGCUCAUAAUAUUUCCAUUGUGCAUCCCAGCUGUUAUUCAGGUCCCAGCUGUUAUUCAGGUUAACGGCUGUACGUCAGACUGUGAAGUUGAGUCCAAUAGCGCCACCAUAACAAUGACAGCGUCAGAGCGAUUCAGCCAAUCGGAUCACAGUAAUGGAAUGAGAGGAAAUUACAUUAGACCCUCCCGCUACCUAUCAGAGCCACAGGAAGAUGAGUGGCCAGGGACAUAA